AUGAGAGAACCCAACUUUAGCUUCCCUUCCCAAAGCAGAGCAGCCGUUUGUAUUACUUCUGCUCUUUAUGAUAGAAGGGCACUAGAUUGCACAGCAACUUUACCAUUAGUCAACUCCUUAACUCAUCUUGCCUACUUGACUUCAACUUCGCCACGCAUUAGAGAAAUACUCUGUCUUGAUGGUGGCCUUGAAAGGCUUGUUAGAAUCUUGUUUAAUACUUCCAAUAGAGCAGAUCGUUUAACCUCUUGGAAGUGGACAUUAGCCUUUCAAACUGUUGUUAAUGUGGGUGUAAGAGGAACUGAGCAAAUCAGAACCAAAGUAGUUGAUGCUGGUAUGAUUCCUUUUAUAUUGACCAUAUUAAGCAAUACCAAUAAGGGAUUGGAACAAAGAAUAGAUAAUAACAACAACAGCAGCAAUAAUAAUGAUAAUAUUAAUAGCAAUAUUAUAAAUAAUAACACAGCAACAGUAACAGAUCACUCUAAAACAUCAUCCAUUCAUAACAAUACACUACGCCGCUCUACAUUUCCAUAUGUAAAAAUCAAUGCUGCUCAAAGACGUCAUAGACGUAUUCACAAAGAUGAUAAAAAACAUAUCGAGGACCAUGUGUUUCAUCGGGAAGAAGACAUAUUAUUAAGCUUGCAACUACUCGCCUAUCUCUCAAAAUAUCCUCAUAUUCGAGAUUUAUUCCACACAGCAUAUGAUAAAAAUGUGUUUAGCGCUGUCGAAAAGUUCUGUCAUCGUACUCAACCUGGGCCUGUCCAAUACUGGGCUGGUGUCAUCAUGCGAAAUGCGUGUCGAAAAGAUGAAACACGAGGCGGUCUUCGACGCUGCGCCAACAUGCACUGUGGAAAAUGGGAAACUCAACCUAGAGAAUUUGCAAAGUGUCGACGCUGUAGAAAGGCAAAAUACUGCUCAAAACCCUGUCAAAGUAAAGCAUGGGCCGAUGGACACCGAUGGUGGUGCGUGGAAAGACAUCCUCCUGUUCCUGUUAAUGGCGCUGCUGGUGCAGCAACAACCUCCGCAACCACAACAACCAAUUCGGUUUCCACAACAACAGUUGCCAACACAUCAGCAAUAGCCAAUAACGUCACUGCCAAUGCUAAUAAUGGAUCCAACACCGACUUGAAUUUGUCAUCACAUAACAACAAUAGUAGUCAUAGUAGCAGCAUUACAUUUGAACAGACAUCUGAAUCCAACACUGAAACAACGGAUAAUAGAUCAAUACUUAUGGAAAUGGGCGUCCGUAUGGAACUUUGA